AUGGCACAGGCCACCCUCGAAGAUUCCGUGAGUAGAGAACAGGCGCCCUCGGUCGCUUUCAUCAUUGCUCGCAACGGCGAUCCCCUUACGCUGGCACUCCGUCACGAGGAAGAGCUCAGUAGCAACGAUGUGUUGCAGCUCAGUCGAGCUUUUUCUUCAGUGUCGACAUCAAUAGGGUUUUCUCCUACCACCGUGUUUAGCUCCUGCGAACCCUCGAUUGCUACCAAACCCACCUCAUACGGCACAAACUACCCGGCAAACAAGCGUAACGGCGAAGGCAAGACGGACAUCACGUACGCGGCAUCGCUAUCUGCAACGUAUGGUUCAGAGUUUGAUGGGGUGUUGGAGCAUGAUGAUGUCCGCCACACUGCACUUCUUGGUGUGGGAGCAUGGUCAUCUAGCCCCCAGGCCCAUGAUCAAUGUCUCCGGAGACUUGAGAACACAAGACCCCGAAUAUCGAGGUUUCUACCUGGCCGCGUCAAGAAGCCCCUGAUCGUUAUUCACCAGUCUCAUCAGGCUGCAGCUUCGGCUUGCCACGAAGAACUGAGUACAGUCGCUGCACCUGCACGAGCUGAAGCAGGUCGAACGUGUCCUCGUCAUCGCAUACCUCAACAGCAUUAUGCACUACUUGGAAUAGUCGGUCUCAUGGUCCUGACUAUUAUUUGGAGUAUACUGAGUGUUUACUGCAUGGACAAAGCGAACAUGCCGUUGAUCAGACGCACCAUUUUCGCAGCCACAUUGCUCAUGGCACUCGAGACCGUUGCCACGAUGCUUGUAGCGCGACGGACUCUGUUGGAAUCCUUACUUCUUGGUCUCUUUUCGCUGAUCGCUGGCUUUGAGUUAUUGUUGCACCUUGACCAACUGAUCUGA